GCGAGAGGUGAAAUCAUCAGUCGGUAGUUUCCCGUUUCCUUCUUGGAGAUCGUGCGUCCUUGGCCGCGUGAUUUUGCGACUUCGUCGGUGAGGGGUUUUGUUAGCGAUCGAGCUUUUGAGUAUUGCAGUGCGGUUGCUAGUGUCACGAGGAGCUGCAUCAGGAGGAGAAAGGUGACGGAGGAAGAUGGCGAUGGCGAAGAGAUCGGUGAUUGCAGUGUUGCUGGCUAUGGCGGUUUUGCUCCUUGCAUGUGCCAGUUCGCCGGCUGCCGCUCAGCCUGGAAGGGUUUCCAUCACUGGCGUGAGCCUGCUGGGCUCAGGCUGCCCACGAGCGUCGCCGAAAGCUACGCUUUCCAGAGAUAAAAAGUUCGUGAAGGUGGAGUUUACCAACCUUCUCGAUGUCAGUGUGCCAGCUCGCCUGGUUAAUCGCCAGAAGGCUUGUACCAUGACCGUCGGACUGAGUUAUCCGAGGGGAUGGAAGUAUACGGCGACGAGGUUUACGGUCGUUGGGUUCGUCAAUCUUGCUGCUUGGCAGACGGCAAGAUACUCGCUGCGAUCAUAUUACCAAGGUGGAGCGACGGCGUGCAACCACAUGCAGCUCUUCAGCGGGGGCUCGAAAGGUCUGCGAAAUGCAGUGUUUGCCAAAGACGUGUGCACGAGCGCCGCCUCCAGUACUUGUGGAACCAUCCGAGGCCUGGUCUGCAUCGUGAGAGUGUCUAUCAACAACCAGCGUAAUCCCAGAGGUAGAGGAACGAUCAAGGCCACGAAUGCGCUCUCCUUCUCGCUUGCGUGGAGUAGGUGCUAGAGAGAGAGAGAGAGAGAGAGAGAGAGAGAGAGAGAGAGAGAGAGAGAGAGAGAGAGAGAGAGAGANAGAGAGAGAGAGAGAGAGAGAGAGAGAGAGAGAGAGAGAGAGAGAGAGAGAGAGAGAGAGAGAGAGAGAGAGAGAGAGAGAGAGAGAGAGUAAUCUCGGAGGUAGAGUAACCAGAAAGCUGAGAGAGAGAGAGAGAGAGAGAGAGAGAGAGAGAGAGAGAGAGAGAGAGAGAUGCUUGGCGAAAGCAGAAGGGAGAGAGCCGUGUCGUACCUUCUAUGUUGGGUUGGAAUGCGCUAUCGGAGCUGGAUAUUUCGUUUGGGAAGAAGAGGAAAUAGCGGACACGUCUUAAACUGAUCAGACGGAAGGUUACUUCAGGGCAAGGAGGGAGAAAAAACUGUUUUCUUCUUCUUCGAGUGUGUGUAGCACUUGUAUGAAGUAAUGUACAAUUUCAAUGCGACCGAAGUCGGUUGACGAGGAGUGUAACAAUUGGAAACGUCUGUUUGUGCUUUCAUUACUCUUCAUUAAAUUCUCCAUUUUAUCCCCUAUGGAUGAUCAUGUACUUUCUUCUCUUUAGUAUUUUAUUAUUUUACUAAGGACAGCUCAGUAUGCUAUACACGGGUGACGAAUGUGUACCUAAUACAGUAUUUUGCU